UUCAGCUUGACUCUGAAGAUGCCUCAGUUACUGCGAAACAUUAAUGGGAUCAUCGAAGCCUUCGAGCGCUAUGCCAGGAUGGAGGGUGACUGCAAGGUUCUCACCAGGGGAGAGCUGAAAAGGCUCCUGGAGCAAGAGUUUGCAGAUGUCAUUGUGAAACCACACGAUCCAUCCACUGUGGAUGAAGUCCUGCGUCUGCUAGACGAAGAUGACACGGGGACUGUGGAUUUCAAGGAAUUUCUGGUUUUGGUGUUUAAAGUCGCCCAGGCCAGCUUCAAAACCUUGAGUGAGAGUCCUGAGGGAGCUUGCGGAUCCCAAGCGCCUGGAAGCCACACCUCUGGGGCCUCAAAAGAGCUGGAAGAAGGACAGAGAAGUGGCUCUGCAAUAGGAAGAACUGGAACAGGACAGCAGCAAGAGGGGAGCAGCCAUGGACAGAGGGCACAGGCUUCUGGGGUGCAGGCCGGCCUUGCCACUCAGACCCAGGGUCAGGGCUUCAGCUCUCCUCAGAGCAGUGGUAGUGACAGACAGGCUGAGCCUCAGAGACAGGAGAGGGGUCAUGUGGAGCAGACCCAGAGAGUGGGUGGCGACAGGAGUCACCAGACCAGAGAGAGGGGGUCAGAGGGACAGGUGCAGACCAGGGAACAGGAAGGAGCCCACCAGAGAGGUGAAAGUGUGACGGCAACUGGUACUCAGACCCAGACAGGCGCCACCCAGACUGUGGAGCAAGAUAGAAGCCAGCAGAGAGGAAGCACCAACAUCCGCCCACAGGGGUCCACGUGUGUCCAGACCAGUGGGACUGGGACCCAGGGACAAGACAGGAGCAAGAAGACACGAAAAAAGUGA